UUAACAAUGGCGGCCACCACAGAUGUCCACGUAAGAGUUUGUGAGCAAGAAAUAAUCAAAUAUGAUCUGGAAAUUAAAGCGCUUAUUCAGGAUGUUGCGGAAUGCAUUGGACCCCAGAGUACCCUAACCGAGCUGAACGGCCAAGUCAAAGAGAAAUUCAACCAUCUCCGACAGAGGAUACAGGACCUGGAACAAAUGGGCAAAGAACAGGACCGAGAUUCAGACCGGCAGGCCAUGCUGAGCCAAGUGGAAGGCCAUCGCAAACAGAUGUUCAGCAAUCAGACGGCCUGGAGGAAAGCUAACCUGAACAGUAAGAUGUCCAUCGACAGCCUGGAGAAGGAAGAGCUGCUGCACGGAGGAGAUGCGUCCCUCAGGCAGAGGAAGAUGACGAAGGAGGGCCUGGCGCAGACGUCCAGUGACAUCACAGAGAGCCUGAUGAGCAUCAGCCGCAUGAUGGCCUCACAAGUGCAGCAGAGCGAGGAGACCAUAAACACCCUGGCCACCUCCUCCAGGACGGUUCUGGAGACCAACGAGGAGUUCAAGGCCAUGACGGGCACCAUCCAACUGGGCCGCAAGCUCAUCACCAAGUACAACCGGCGCGAGCUGACCGACAAACUGCUCAUCUUCCUGGCCCUGGCCCUCUUCCUAGCCACCGUCCUCUACAUCCUUAAGAAGAGGCUCUUCCCCUUCCUAUGAGACGCACACACACACAC